CUCGCGGCGGGCUACAGCCAGAUGGACUGGAUGAGGCUGACGAAACGGGAGCCCGACAUGAACGGCCUGCGCGGGGGAAAGCGGCGGAAGGACAUAACGAUGACGGAGGUGGCGACGCACGGCACGGAGGCUGACGGGUGGACGGUGCUGCGCGGCAAGGUGUACAACCUCUCGCCGUACCUCGACUUUCACCCCGGCGGACGAAAGAUCUUGACGCAGGCGCUCGGGAAGGACUGCACGGCGCUGUUCGAUCGGUACCAUCGGUGGGUGAACGGGGGUUACAUGCUGGAGAAGUGCAAGAUCGGCGUGCUC